AUGGACUAUAAGAAUAAGAGUGAGGUCCGGGAAUUCAUCUUACUUGGCUUUCCAACCACCAUGGAACUACAAGUCCUUCUAUUUGUGGUGUUCCUUAUAGCCUACAUCCUGACACUCCUGGAGAACACAAUUAUCAUUACUGUGAUCAAAAUCAACCCUCUGCUUAACAAACCCAUGUAUUUCUUCCUCAGCAACCUCUCCUUCCUGGAGACAUGGUACAUCUGUGUUAUCAUCCCAAAGCUGUUGGUCAACUUCCUGGUGGAAAAGAAGACCAUCUCAUUUGAAGGGUGCAUGACACAGCUCUACUUUUUCAGCUCCCUCAUAUGUACAGAAUGUGUUCUUCUGGCUGUAAUGGCAUAUGAUAGAUAUGUGGCCAUCUGUAAUCCACUGCGCUAUCCGACCAUUAUGACCCAGCACCUCUGUAUGCAGCUAGCAGUAGGCUCAUGGCUAAUUGGCUUCUCGGCCUCAAUGCUGAAGGUUGUCUUUAUAUCUCGCCUACCUUUCUGUGGCCCUAACAUCAUCAACCACUUCUUCUGUGACAUUUCACCCUUGCUAAACAUGGCUUGUGAGGAUAUGACAGUGGCUGAAAUAGUGGACUUUGUAUUGGCCUUGAUAAUUCUGUUGGUCCCACUCUCAGUUACUAUAGUUUCCUAUGUGUGUAUCAUAGGCACCAUUAUGCGUAUUCCCACUGUCCAGGGCCGGAAGAAAGCCUUCUCUACUUGUGCUGCUCACCUCACUGUGGUCACCAUCUUCUUCUCAGCCACUCUCUUCAUGUAUGCACGACCAAAGAGGAUCCAGCCUUACAAUCUCAACAAAUUGGUUUCUGUUAUAUACACCAUUGUCACUCCAAUGCUGAACCCUUUCAUCUACUGUCUGAGAAAUCAAGAAGUCAAGGGAGCUUUAAAGAAAGCUUUCUGUAGCAGAAGUGCCCUCCCCAAAAUCUCAGUGCCACUCACUAAUGCUGAAUGGGUCAGAUAG